GUUUCUACAAUAUAAAAUAAUACGAUGUGGCUACAACAAAGACUAAAGGGCCUGCCUGGAUUGCUGUCCAGCUCCUGGGCCAGAAGGCUUCUUAUUGGAUUACUUCUGUUCCUGAUUUUUUAUUGGUAUCUGAGCUCCGACGGAAUUUUGAAGUUUUUGAGCGGCUCGGGGGAAUCAGGCGGAGCGGCAGGAGUUUGUCUACAAACUGAAAUCCAAAGAUGGAAGCCACUUGUUGACCGAGGGGAAGGGGUCGUCAUUGGCCCUCAGAGUAAAACCGUUGCCCCUGCUGUGGUCGGUAAUGGUCAUUUCUUGGUGGACAUUGAUGCCAACAAACUUUGGGUAAGCUCCUCCCCUCAGGCGGGUUCCGCCCCCGUUCAUUUGACUGAAUACUCGCCUACCGUGACCCUGGAGAUGCCAGGGAAGCGCUCUGAAGCUCAGGCUGCAGUUCUUUGGUUCCGCAAAGGCUCAGUGCUGUCCGUCCGCUGCAUUUUACCCGGAACCACCCAGUCUCCCCGCGACUGUGUCGCCGUCAGAGAGGAGUUCAUCGCGCACCGCAGCCGACCAAAUGUGUACCUUCAGAGGCUCCAUAUCAAUAACCCCUCUGAGCGGACGGCCGCCUUCGAUGUCACCUCGCCUUCUCCGUCCUUCGGGAGCAAAUUCUCUGCCAGCCUGGAGAAGACAGAGGACAAGGAGUUCAUCCUGUCCUCUGGCCGAGUGCUGACAGAGAAGAACCACAUCGUGGUGGUGGUGGUGGCCACAAAGAAGAUGCCCAGCAGGCUCCAGGUAGCUGCCAAAUCAGAAUACAUGGAGAACAUAGUGUCAGUGGUCCACACAUCAGAGCCCAUUGAGUCCUCCAAACUGGAGGAAACCUUCACCAGGCUGAGAGAUGGGGUCAAGAAGGAGAUAGGGGAGCUACUGAGAACCAACGUGGAGGAUCUUGUACAGGAUCACCAGCAGGCCUGGACAGAUCUCUUCAUAUCUGGGGUGGAGAUGAGAAAGAUAACAGACUCCCACACGCCGUCGAGCUAUACAGUGAACACCACGUUAUAUUACAUCCUCUCCACGUCCACAGCGCCCCUGCUGGACAGAAGGAUAACUGCAGAGGAGCACGAGAGAAUGGAGUCCAGCCUGAACUAUGCCGACCACUGCUUCAGCGGCCACGCCACUAUGCACGCCGAGAACCUGUGGCCGGAGCGGGUCAGCAGUGUGGCCCAGAUCCUGCAGCUGGUCACCCUGUGGAACCUGACGCUACAGAAGAGGGGCUGCAAGGUGCUGGUGGCGGCCGGGGCCCACGGCGUGAUGCAGGGCAUGGUGCUCAGCUUCGGGGGCCUCCAGUUCACCGAGAACCACCUGCAGUUCCAGGCCGACCCGGACGUCCUGCACAACAGUUACUCGCUGCGCGGCAUCCAUUACAACAAGGACCUGAUCAACCUGGCUGUGCUGCUGGACGCGGAGGGCAAGCCCUUCCUGCACGUCUCCGUCAAGCCCCAGGAGAAGCCUGUCAAGCUGUACGCCUGCGAGGCGGGGUGCAUGAAUGAGCCUGUGGAGCUGACCUCUGAGGUCAAGGGUCACACCUUCCCCGUGAUGGUGACCCAGCCCAUCACGCCCCUGCUGUAUAUCUCCACCGACCUGACGCACCUGCAGGACCUGAGACACACCCUGCACGUGAAGGCCAUCCUAGCCCACGAGGACCACAUGGCCAAGCAGUACCCUGGCCUGCCAUUCUUGUUCUGGUUCAGCGUGGCCUCCUUAAUCACGCUCUUCCACCUCUUUCUGUUCAAACUCAUCUACAAUGAGUACUGUGGACCUGGUGCUAAGCCCCUCUUCAGAAGCAAGGUAUUGUCCACAAAUGACGAAAUGCAGCCAUGACAUCAAGCUCUCGAUGGGAGGGAGUCU